AUGAGCAGUCGGAAGCUGUUUACAGGAGCAUACAGAUACAGGUUAAAGCGAUUCUAUUCCAACUAUUCUGCACCACCGUCAUAUUUCCGUCAGGGAUCACCGCCUCAAACGUUUGAUGAAAUAAAACAAGGCAAUGCCAACAAUAGAGGCGGAUCUAAAUUCAAGGAAUAUGCCAAAAGUUUGGCCUUCCUAAGCAUAUCAGCAGCAUUAAUUUACGUUCUAGUCGAUUUAAGAGAGCAGCUAGCAAGGGCGAAGAAGCAGUUGAUACUGGUAAAAAAGAACCAAAAGGAGAUGAUUAUCCAGAUGCAGCAUUAUAAAAAAAAGAUGGCUAUGUCUGCCAUGAAAAGUACACAGAAGGAUACACUUAUAGAAGGAAAGAUGCAGAUGCAUAUAGCAUUAUUGCGGAAGCAGUUGAAGGAGAACGGAAUAGAUCCAGUUUCAAUAGACAAAGCGUUGAAGGAGUUCGAAGAUAAGGUAAGGAUGUCUACCACGAGUACCUCUGUGAAGCUAUGGGUGCCUGGAGAUUCUGAAUUGAAGGCCCUUAUUCCAGAUCCUUAUGAAUAUGGUAAAUAA